AUGAAGAGAUCUACACAUUCCAAUAAGUCUUCGAAGGGGCAACAUUCACACUUUUCCAACGGGCAUGGUGGGACGAAUACACCGAUAAACGGUGGAGGUGGGGGUCUGUUUUCGAAUCUGAUGAAGCUGACGGGGAGCUCUUCUGCUCUAUCGCAGCAGCGGAUUGCGACAUCUGAUAUUUCUUCUCCAAAGAAAGUCAGCAUUCCGUCGAGUUUGGACCUGUCUACGGCGAAGCCGCUAAGCAAACAUAGCACGCUGAACACGUCCAGUCUAUCUCAGUAUGCUGAUGAGAUUGCGCAGUCACGUACUCCGUCGGGGCCGGUAAGUUUAGGGUCGCCAUCGAAAUAUUCCUACUCUAAGAGAUCAUCACAGUGGUCUGGUGGCAACAGCAAUAAACAGCUGCUGCUGCUGCCACAGCCGCAGCAUUCGCAGCAUACUUUAUCCCGACAGCCUACAAACCAGUCUAAUAACUCAGAUAAUUCAUUCUCUUCAGUCACACUGUUGCAGAAAAUCACGGACUCGGAUGGCAACUUGAGUUUGGAAAAGCCCAAGUAUCCUCAAGAGAUCGAGGAGUUAUAUCAGGAAUUGUUACAAAAGAGAAAUAUCCUCAACUCAGUUUCUGUGCAUAGCCAUAGAGAAUUAAUGGGAUAUGAUCUUGAUAAAAAAUGGUUGAUGGUUAAGCAGGAUUUGCAGGCGGAACUAAAGCGGAUGAAAAACAACGUCCCACAGAGUACUGUAGCGGAUCCCCUAUCAAACUCGGUACAUUUAAAAUCACCUCGAGGAAGCUUUUCUUCGAGCAACAUGUCGGCAAGAUCUAUUUCUCAAAACAGUGCCAAGCAGCUUGCUGUAUCGUAUGAUCCUUCGCAUUUAUCACCGGACCAUUACGUAAGAAAAAUCAUAUCAGAUAGAAUUACUGCGUAUGAAUUAAAUGAUCUUUGGGUUUCCUUAAGGACAGAGAGUAUAGACUGGGUAAUUGGUUUUAUAGAUGCUCAGGGUCAAGUUGCUAUUGCAAAUAGACUGAUAAAGUUUGCCCAACGGGAGUCUUUGGAGUCCUUACUGGACAGCGAUCUCUUAGAAAAGGAAACUGCAUAUUAUAAAUGUUUAAGAGUUUUGACAAAUUUGCGUGAGGGUAUGCAAGCGGCAUUGAGUUCUAAACUUGUAAUAAGCGCUGUUGUGGAGGGUUUGUUGUCGAUUAGGUUAACCACACGGAGGAUUGCAACAGAAACCCUAUUGUACAUGCUAACUGACGAUGAAUUGAAGACUGCAGAUACGGAUUUCGAUGCAAUAUUCCCUGUAUUGCAUGCUUUGGAUCAAGAGUCAAAAUAUUCAUCCAGUAUUCAUCUACGUGGCAGGCUUCACGAAACUAACAAAAGGAGGUCCUUACCAACAGGUAGAGCUGAUUUACAUGUUAUUGCCAAAAAAAUAGAACAAUGGCUUUAUGUUUUAGAAUAUACGUUAGAUGGUAGAGGCAGAAUGGGCUCCCUUGUUGGUGCCUCUGAGGACUACAAGAACGGUGAAAACACUGUACUCGAGUAUCUAUUGUAUUCUAUGAUUUUGAUAAACUUAUUGUGCUCCAGCCAUCCCGAUUUACACCAGAGGAACCUGUUGAGGUCGCGUUUGAAAAGCUAUGGUCUAUCAAGAGUGAUUAAAAAAAUGGAACUGCUAAAAUAUCCUGCAUUAGAAAAUGAAGUGAGCAAGUUUGAAGAUAGGACUUUGGAUGACUACAAUUCACUUAUGGCUAGUUCCACGGUGGAUUCAUCUGUAGAUAUGAAAGAUCCUGAGUCACUAUGGAACAACUUUUGGACCAGGCAUAAGGGCACGGAGUCAGAGGCACAUCUGUUAUCCUUAAUGCAGCAUUUAUUUCUGUGGAGUAGCAAAGCGUUUUCAGAAUCCACGGAUCCUGCGGAAGGUAGCAAACAGUUGAAAUUACUUGAUGCUUUGGUUUCCAAUGUUACAUUUUCAUCAAUUGAUACUGAAUCGGGCUUCAAUGGCGCAAUACAAAGGUUGUAUGAUGCUAUGCAGACUGAUGAAGUAGCACGUCGCGCAAUCUUGGAAUCUCGUGAAUUGACCAAAAAGUGCGAAGAAAUGAAAGCGGAACGAGACCAUCUCCAAACCAAACUCGCACAAGCACAAGAUGGUCUUGUUGGUCAAUUGCAAGGUGAGGUACAACAAUUACAACGUAUCUUGGAAAAGAGUAAUCGUGUUACAGAUCAACUAAAAGCAGAUUUGCAUGAUUUAAAAAAGAAGCAUCUUUUAGAAAAGCAUGAACAUGAAGUGGAAUUGCGGAAAAUGUUAACGAUUUUAAAUUCUAAACCUAACGAUGCCAGUAAUGAUGCUGUAUCACCCGAUGGGAUUAAUAAUAAAACGCCUUCUCCUCUGAAACCCGAAAAGAAAAUGGCAAUUCAAAAGGCCUUACAAGAUAGGUUACGUCAAACCGAAAAGGAUCUAACUAGAGAUUCCCGAAGGUUUGGAACUGUACCUGCACCAAACAGGAGGUUGAAGAUGUUAAGAUCCAAGAUGGAUGAUAUAGAAAAGGAAGCACUGAUGCUGGAAAUGACGAACUUUGCUGAGUUCAAAAAGGAAACCAAGGUUGAAGACUUGCCAAGAUUACAAUCGCCACCCAAAAUUGAAAGAAAUGUUCGUAGCGAAAAAGUUAAAGAAUUGGCAGCUUUGCGUCAAAGACUAGCUGUUAUUCAACAAGAAAGCAAUGAAAUUUCCAAAUUUAACGUUGAAGAGAGGGUUAAUGAACUGUUUUACGAAAAGAAAACUAAGGCAUUAGAUAGGUUGCGUGAUUUAGAGGAAAAAUACAGGAGCUUUGGAAUCGAUUUUAAUAUGGAAUCUGAGCUGCUCAUAGAAACCGACCGUGAAGGUGAUGGUGAUGCUAGUGUCGGUGAAGCCUCUAAUUCUACUGCUCCCAAUUCGUUAGAUUCAUGUGUCUUGGACCCCGCUCGCUUAGAUGCAAAGAUCGAGGAAAUGACAAAGAUUUUGGAGGAAUUAAACAGACUAAAGUGCCAGGUUGAUCCAACCACUGCCAAUAGUGGUGCUGAUAUUUCUACAUCUAUAUCCACAGAUGACUUUAACAUUGAUAAUACAUCUUUGCCAUCUACUGUAGUUGAGGGUUCACCAUCUUCUUACUUCAAAAAGGCAUCCCUCUCAACAUUUGCUUCAUCCUCAUUUUCCACUGAUGCCGAAGAUGAACUUUCCGCUGAAACUGCUGAAGAUAGUAAUAAGAACAACGAGGAUAGUGUUGUCGGUGAGCAUGGUGUUUCCCCCAGUGGCAGUGUAGCAAUGGAAAGGAGUGAUUCUAUAUUAACAACGUCAAAUACUAGCUUUUUGGAAAGUUUGUCUCAGAAAUAUGGCACGGGUACUAAUCUUCAACCUGCAGAAGAUGGUGCUAAACGUCUCAGUAGCUCUUCCGCAUUUCGUGCUGGUGAUUCUAGCCAACGCAAUAGUGGUUAUCACAGAAAGUCAUUCGUAAACCGGAUGAAGAAAAACAGCACGCCAAAAUCUUCUAGCUUUGUUGAUGAAGUAUCUCAAAAGAUGACUCCGGUUCAUGUUGCUCAAAGUCCGGACUCUCUUCAAAAUACUGCCACUAGUUCUUCAACCCCACAGAGCGCAAAAUCUGAAGAUGCUGUUGGAAUUGGCAUCUUUUCAAAAGGAACGAACACUGGUAUGGCAGUCGAUACAGCUAAUGAUGGUCAAACUCCCUGGAUAGAAAACGGUGAAGAUUCCAUUUCUCCUAUGAGUCCUUCAAAGAGAAAUUCCAAAUCCAAGAAUGUUUCAAAGGGUGUAUCUAAAGCUCCUCUACCUCCUCCGCUGCCACCAAUGUUUGUUAAUAAUAAUAAUAAUAAUAAUAAUAAUAAUAAUAAUAAUAAUGAUAAUAAUAAUAAUAAUCGCGAGGGCAUCUCCCUUUCAACAGCACCGUUACCUCCAGCUCCAGCUUUGCCGGCUAACUUGUUUGGGAAUACUUCGCUGCCUCCUACACCGACUGUACAAGAUGACGAUCAUGAAAAUGAAUCCAUACCACUGGCUCCUCCACAGCCUCCAGUAUUUCGUAACAUAUCGGCUGAAACAAAGCCUGGAGCAGCACCAGGAGGGCCACCACCUCCACCACCUCCACCACCACCUCAAUUAGGAAGAACUAAAAAGUAUAAGGGAUCAUCACCUUCUCCAUUGCUGCCCCAAUCUCCAUCACUGUUUGAGAAAUAUCCGCGCCCGAAGAAGAGAUUAAAACAAUUACACUGGGAAAAAAUUGACGAUCUAGAUAACUCUAUUUGGGAGAAUGCAAGAGCAGAGAAGUUUGCUGACGACUUAUAUGAAAGGGGCGUCUUAACAGAACUUGAGAAGGCAUUUGCAGCAAGAGAAAUAAAGUCAUUGAUUAGCAGGAAAAAAGAUGAGAAUAAAGUCACAUUCUUAUCGAGAGAUAUUUCACAGCAAUUCGGAAUUAAUUUACAUAUGUAUUCUUCGCUAACUGUUGAUCAGAUUGUGACAAAGAUUUUAAAAUGUGACAAAGAUUUCUUGAACACUCAAAGUGCGAUUGAAUUUUUAUCAAAACAUGAAAUUGUGGAAGUUUCAAUAAACAUGGCGAGAUGCUUUGCUCCUUACACCACCGACUGGGAAGGGGUUUCUUCGGUGGAAGAGGCUAAGCAACCAGAAAAAGAUCCAAACGAAUUGCAACGUGCAGACCAAUUAUAUUUAGACUUGAUAGUCAACUUACAAAGUUAUUGGAAUUCACGUAUGCGUGCAUUAAAAUUGAUUACGACUUAUGAAAAAGACUACAACGAUCUGAUCAUUAAAUUAAGGAGUCUAGAUAAAGCUGUUGGUGCGAUACAAAAAUCAGAAAAUUUGCGUAAUGUCUUUGAUGUGAUUCUUGCUGUUGGUAACUAUAUGAAUGAUUCAUCGAAACAAGCUCAAGGCUUCAAGUUGAGUACAUUGCAACGUUUGACUUUUAUUAAGGAUGAGAAGAACAGCAUGACCUUCUUAAACUAUGUGGAAAAAAUUGUUCGAACUAAUUAUCCAGGCUUUGAUGUUUUCUUGCAAGAAUUAGAACCAGUUCUCCAAGUUGUCAAGAUUUCUAUCGAACAGUUAGCCAACGACUGUGGUGAAUUUUGCUCUACCGUAACAAAUGUUGAAAGAUCCCUUGAAAUUGGUAACUUAAGUGACUCUUCCAAAUUCCAUCCGAAUGACAGGGUAUUAGCCAAAGUGUUGCCCGUACUACCAGAAGCUAGAAAGAGGGCAAACUUGUUAGCUGACGAAGUUCAACUUUCUCUAAUGGAAUUUGAAAGCCUAAUGCGGUUGUUUGGGGAGGACUCCGAUGACAAGUUUGCAAAGAACUCUUUCUUCCAAAAGUUUGCGGACUUCAUUUUAGAAUAUAAGCGAGCACAAGAGUUCAAUAAGAAAAUGGAAGAGGAAGAAAGGGCUUAUGAGCGCCGUAAAAUAAUGAUCGAAGAACAGCAAAAGAGAGCUAGAAAGAAUAUUCAGAUAGAUACAUCAUUUUCCAGGAGAGGUAGUAGUCUCUCAACUUCGUCUAUAUCUGCAUCCGGCGAUGACCGGGACGUAAUGGACAGGUUGCUGGAAAAGUUGAAAAAUGCAGGGCCCUCCAAGGCUGAUCCAUCUUCCGCCAGGAAACGCGCACUGGCAAGAAAGAAGCUAAUGGAUGGUAAAAAGUCCGGCUCCAUUAUCCUUGAUGGAUUGGAUGUCGAAGAAUUGGCUAACAUCCAAUCCGAUGGAUUGGAUGAUCAGUCAGAUAGUAACCCAGCAAUCCUUGGAUCACCAACAUCAACAGUAGGAGCUACUGCCGAUGUCGAGGGUUUGAACCCAGACCAUGAUCUUCCAUCUGCCCCAAUAAGCGCCGAAAAAGGCAGUGUUUCUUCAGCAUUGUCCCACUCAUCUGAGUCUCCGUCCAAAAAGAUUCUCGAUGAAGACGCUGUCACCCAUAGAGCAAGAAACCUAUUGCAAGAGUUGAGAAGCAGCGACGACCACACUGAGGACAGAAAAUCCCUCCUUGACGAACACAAGGAAAAAGUCAGACAGCGUCGCAAUAAAAAACUCAUUGAAGAAUCAGGUGGAAACAAUACUAGCAACGAGGUAAUGGAAGCCGUGCGUAGCACCGAGAAUCACGAAUCUACACCGAACUUCAAGUCUGUAUCACCUAACAACGACAUCCCCAUCACCACCCCCUCCGCCAUCCACACCCUCAGGACAGGCAGCACUCCAUCUACCGACGAAACUUCUGAAGAUGAUUUAAAUGAUAAAUACGUUGACGCAGAUACAUAA